CAGAUUGAUGAACUGCCGGAAGGAGCUGUGAAACCACCAGCAAAUAAAUUUCCAAUUUUCUUUUUUGGCACUCAUGAGACUGCAUUUUUGGGCCCGAAAGAUCUGUUCCCAUACAAGGAAUUUAAGGACAAGUUUGGGAAGUCAAACAAAAGGAAAGGAUUCAAUGAAGGAUUGUGGGAAAUAGAGAACAACCCUGGAGUAAAAUUUACUGGUUAUCAAGCAAUGCAGCAGCAAAGCUCCUCAGAAACUGAGGGGGAAGGGGGCAACGCUGCUGAUGGCAGCAGUGAAGAGGAAGAAGGAGAUCAGGUAGAAGAGGACGGAAAAGGAAAGAGGAAGAAUGAGAAAGCAGCUUCCAAGCGAAAGAAGUCCUACUCUUCAAAGGUAAGAUGUAGCCAUGUUAUACUGUCUUGUAUCUUUAUUGUGGCAUUGUGGUGUAAGUUUUAA